UCCCUAGCUUCCAGAUGCUGCAGAGUCAUGGAAAACCAAUCCAGCAUCUCUGAGUUUUUCCUCCAAGGAAUAUCCAAGUUACCAGAGCAAAAGCAGUUCCUCUUUGGAAUUUUCCUGUGUAUGUAUCUUGUCACUUUAACUGGGAACAUGCUCAUCUUCCUGGCCAUCAGAUCAGACCCACACCCCCACACCUCCACGUACUUCUUUCUGACCAACCUGUCUUUUGUUGACAUAGGUUUAACAUCUUCCACAGUUACCAAGAUGCUGGUAAAUGUGCAGACUCAACAUCACACCAUUUCCUAUACUGGUUGCCUCAUACAAAUGUAUUUGAUGUUUGGCGAUCUGGAGAGCUUCUUCCUGGCUGUAAUGGUGUAUGACCAUUAUGUGGCCAUUUGCCGCCCUCUCCACUACUCGACAGUCAUGAGCCCCCAAGUCUGUGCCCUGCUGCUUGCAUUGUGCUGUGUCCUCACCCACACUGUUGCCCUGACUCACUGUGCCCUCCUCAUAGCUUGGCUGUCCUUCUCUGUUGCUGGGGAAAUAGCUCACUUUUUCUGUGACAUAACUCCUAUCCUGAAGCUGUCAUGCUCCGACACUCACAUCAGCAUGUUGAUGGUUUUUGCCAUUAGAGGCACAGUACUCAUUGUCCCCUUUAUCUGCAUUGAAAUCUCCUACAUCCACAUUAUAUUGGCCUUCCUAAGGGUCCAAACUCCUGGUGCAGAAGGCAAGGCCUUUUCCACCUGUAGUUCCCAUCUCUGUGUCAUCUGUGUGUUCUAUGGGACGCUCUUCAGUGCCUACUUGUGCCCUGCCUCUGUUGCCUCUGAAGAGAAGGACAUGGCAGCAGCUGCAGUGUACACUGUGGUGACCCCCAUGUUGAGCCCCUUUAUCUAUAGACUGAGGAACAAGGAUGUGAAGGGUGCCCUUAAGAGGCUCCUCAGUCACAGGAGAAUUUUAUCCUCUUAG